AUGUCUCGCUAUGGAAAGCACCCACGCCUCAGCCUGGAAGAAGGUGUGAACUUCCAGAACCCAACUGAAACUGAUGAGGUGACAUCCCCACCCAUUCCCCCAGCUGAGAAGGAGGAAAAAGAAGGAGAAGAGGAGGUGAAAGAAGAGGAGAAAGCUACUGAUAAUCAGGAAAAAGAGGAAGAUACUAAUGAGAAGAAAGAAGAAGAGAAAGAAAAUGAGAGAGAAGAGGAAGAGUAUGACAAUGAAACAGAUGAAGAAGAAAAUGAUAAGGGAGAAGAAGCAUACAUAACUUCUAUCUUUUUGUCAUCUUCUAAUGUUGCUUUACCUACUUUCACCCUUCCUUCUCCUUCCUCCUUAUCCUCCUCUUCUUCCUCCUCCUCCUCCUCUUCCCGAUUUUCUCUGUUUCAAAGCAACCUGGUGGGAAAUGAGGGUCAUGUGCCUGGGAUACUGAGCAUUUUUCAGAAUGCUCAAAGCUUCUUUCCUUCUUCUACUUUAGGGGAAAAUUUAGGUGAAGCAGUUGGCCACCAGGAAGAGAGUUCAGAUGCCAUCCAGUCUCCAGAAGAUCCUGACAACUUGUUGAAUCUUGUGAUACAAGAGAAGACUACUGAUUUGGUGUUUCUUUUUAUCUACAAGUAUAGAGUGAAGGAACCCAUCACUGUAGCAGAAAUCCAAGAGGUUGUCACAAAAGAAUAUGAGAACCAGUUUCCUGUCAUUUUCAUUGAAGCUUCUAAAUGUUUGGAGAUGACCUUUGGUAUUGAUAUAAAAGAAAGUGAUAUUCUAAGCAGUGCUUAUAUCUUUGUCAACUCACUGAACCUUGCCUAUGAGGACACACUGAGUGACAAUGAUAGACUGCCUAGAAAUGCUUUCCUAAUAGUUAUUCUGGGUGUCAUAUUCAUAGAAGGGAACCGUGCUUCUGAAGAAAGAAUCUGGGAGUUCCUGAAACUGGUAGGAGUGUAUGAUGGAGAGGAACACUUCAUUUGUGGGGAUCCUAGGGAAUUCCUCACUGUAGAUCUAGUGCGGCAAAAUUACCUGGAGUAUAGGCAGGUGCCUAAUGGCCAUCCACCAUACUUUGAGUUCCUGUGGGGUCCAAGAGCCUAUGCUGAAACUACAAAGAUGAAAGUUUUGGAAUUCUUGGCAAAGAUGAAUAGGUGUGACCCGACUGAUUUCUCAGUCUGGUAUGAAGAGGCUUUGAGAGAUGAGGAAGACAGGGCCUGGGCCAUGAAUGACUCUGUAGAAGGAAGCCCAACCACAUGGUUUGCAGAACGUUAA